AUGAAGGAAGUGGUCGUGGACGUGGUGCCGAAGUGCAUCAAGAGUCUCGACUUCAACGCCCUUUCUGCCAAAGAAAUCGUCGCCCAAUCAGAGGUGGAAUUGAUCUCCAGAGACUUAUAUAACCUAGAAGGUGGCAGAAAAGUCCAGCCAAAUGGUGCUUUGGACAACCAUAUGGGUACGUCGCUGAACGCCGUAGAAUGUACGACCUGUCACGGAAAUUUGGCCACGUGUCAUGGCCAUUUCGGCCAUGUUCGGCUCGUGUUGCCUGUGUUCCAUGUGGGCUAUUUCAAGGCCAUUAUUCAGGUGUUGCAGUGUAUUUGUAAGCUGUGUGGUGCGAUAUUGCUAGAUGAGCAGAUGCGCCGGCUGUUUUUGGAGGAGUUGCGCCGGCCCAACAUCGACAAUUUGCGUAGAAUGAGGAUCUUGAGACGGGUCCUCGAUCAGUGUAAGAAGCAGCGCCGCUGUUUAAAAUGUCGCCAUGUGAAUGGUGUAGUGAAGAAGGCUGCUGCAGGUACGGGUGCUGCUGCGCUUAAAAUUGUCCACGAUACGUUCCGUUAUGUGGGUAAGAAGGGUGACUCCGAGAAGCAGCAGUGGGACUCGGAGUUGGAUGCGGUGUUUGCGCGGAACGCCGAGUUGAGCAAGUUUGCAAAGAGAACGUUCGAGGACUUGAACCCAUUGAAGGUCUUGUAUUUGUUCAAGAAGGUCACUCCUGCCGACUGUGAGCUUGUGGGUAUCGACUCCUCCAGAGGUGGUCGCCCUGAAAUGUACAUCUGGACGUAUUUGCCCGCACCACCGGUCUGUAUCCGUCCCUCUGUGACAAUGGACUCGCAAUCCAACGAGGAUGACUUGACCGUCAAGUUGACUGAGAUCGUCGACACAUCCACCCAAAUCAGAGCAGGAAUCAAGAAGGGUAUCUCCAUCAACCACUUGAUGCAACACUGGGACCUCUUGCAGCUCUCUGUCGCCAUGUAUAUAAACUCCGAUACUGCCAGCUCGCCGCAAAUGGGAGGACUGGCCGGCAAACCCAUUCGUGGUUUCUGCCAGAGACUUAAGGGUAAGCAGGGUCGUUUCAGAGGUAAUUUGUCCGGUAAAAGAGUGGAUUUCUCGGCCAGAACAGUCAUUUCUCCUGACCCAAACUUGCGCAUUGACGAGGUUGCUGUUCCUGACCGUGUUGCCAAAAUCCUUACCUACCCUGAAAAGUGCUCUCGCUACAAUCGUCAAAAGCUUCAAAAGUUGAUCUUGAAUGGUCCAACUGUCCACCCGGGUGCUAACUACUUGAUCAGACAAAACGACAACACAAAAAGAAACCUUAAGUUCGGUGACCGUGUGAGGUUGGCAAAGGAAUUGCGUAUUGGUGAUGUUGUGGAAAGACACAUUGAGGACGGAGAUGUGGUCCUUUUCAAUAGACAGCCCUCGUUGCAUAGACUUUCCAUUUUGUCUCACCAUGCCAAGAUCAGACCCUGGAGAACUUUCCGUUUGAACGAGUGUGUUUGUACGCCUUAUAAUGCCGAUUUUGAUGGUGAUGAGAUGAACUUGCACGUUCCGCAAACUGAAGAAGCUCGUGCAGAGGCCAUCAAUUUGAUGGGUGUUAAGAACAAUCUUUGUACUCCAAAAUCUGGUGAGCCUAUCAUUGCUGCUACCCAAGAUUUCAUCUCUGGUUCCUAUUUAAUUUCACACAAGGACAGUUUCUUCGACCGUGCCACAUUUGUCCAGCUUUUGUCGAUGAUGUCUGAUGCGCAUAUGCAAUUCGACAUCCCACCACCAACUAUCUUCAAGCCAGUGAUGUUGUGGACCGGAAAACAGGUAUUCUCGAUGUUGAUCAAGCCAAACAAAGACUCCAAAGUGGUUAUCAAUCUUGACGCAAAAAACAAGACUUUCCAUGCGCCAUCAAAGGGGCUUCCGAACGAGAUGUCUCCUAACGACGGUUUCGUUGUUAUUCGCGGGUCUCAAGUAUUGAGUGGUCUUAUGGAUAAAUCCACAUUGGGAGAUGGAAAGAAACACUCCGUGUUCUACACUAUUUUGCGUGAUUUUGGACCUGAUGAGGCUGCUAAAGCCAUGAACAGAAUGGCCAAGUUGUGUGCUCGUUACUUGGGUAACCGAGGCUUUUCCAUCGGUAUCAAUGAUGUCACCCCAGGAUCAGACUUGAAAGACAAAAAGGAAGUCAUGGUCGAGCAAGCCUAUGACAAGUGUGACGAGCUCAUCAGAUUAUAUAACUCCGGUAAGUUGGAAACUCAGCCAGGUUGUAAUGAAGAUGAAACUUUGGAAGCCAAGAUUGGUGGUUUGCUUUCUAAAGUUAGAGAAGAGGUUGGUGAGGUUUGUAUUCGUGAAUUGGACCCAUUGAAUGCUCCGUUAAUUAUGGCUACAUGUGGUUCCAAGGGUUCCACUUUGAACGUGUCCCAGAUGGUGGCAGUUGUCGGACAACAAAUUAUUUCCGGUAAUCGUGUCCCUGAUGGAUUCCAAGAUCGUUCGCUUCCGCACUUCGCCAAAAUGUCGAAAUCGCCUCAGUCCAAGGGUUUCGUUCGUAACUCUUUCUACAGUGGUUUGUCUCCUCCCGAGUUCUUGUUCCACGCCAUUUCUGGUAGAGAAGGUUUGGUCGAUACUGCCGUCAAGACGGCCGAAACGGGUUACAUGUCCAGACGUCUUAUGAAAUCUCUUGAAGAUUUGUCUGCGCUGUACGAUAACACUGUUAGAAACUCUUCAAACGGUAUUGUUCAAUUCACAUACGGUGGAGACGGCUUAGACCCAAUGGAGAUGGAGGGUGACUCGCAGCCAGUCAACCUCAAGAGACAGUGGGACCAUGCAUACAACAUCACGUUUGAUUUGAAUGACCGCAACUUACUUCCCUACGAAAUCACAGAGAUUGUCGACAGAAUUCUUGAGCCAUUGGAAAGUAGACUCAUCAGAUAUGAUAACUUGGGUCAGGUGGUGGCUCCAGAAAACAACGAAAAGAUUGAGUUCAUUGAUCAACAAGAUGCCGAGAGAGCAUACUACAACACGCUUAGAAACUUCUUGGGCGAUAAGGCAUACAAAUUGGCUAAGUUAAGAGAAGAGAAAGGGUUGCAAGCAUUCCUUACCAGAAUUGAUGACAAUCUUGACGAAAUGCUUGUGGAAGACGAUGAUGUGCGUACACGCGCUGUUAGCCAAUUGUUGAAGAUUUCUGCCAAAUCUGUGGAGAAGUUCAUGGAACAGUGUCUCUACAAAUACAUUCGUGCCAAGGUCGAGCCUGGAACUGCCGUUGGUGCUAUUGGUGCCCACUCUAUUGGUGAGCCAGGUACUCAGAUGACGUUGAAGACUUUCCAUUUCGCCGGUGUGGCGUCUAUGAACGUCACCUUGGGUGUCCCCCGUAUUAAAGAGAUUAUCAAUGCCGCUAAAGUCAUUUCCACGCCUAUCAUCAACUCCGUGCUCGUCAAUGAAGAUGAUGAGUUUGCAGCUCGUGUCGUGAAGGGAAGAAUUGAGAAGACUCUUUUGAAAGAUGUGGCUUACUAUAUCGAGGAUGUCUACAGAAAUGACAUGGCCUACCUUUCCAUCAAGAUUGACUUGAAGACCAUUGAAAAGUUGCAGUUGGAGUUGACUAUCGACAAUAUCCGCCAGGCAAUCGCCAAGGCCCCUAAGCUCAAGAUUUCCAACCAUGAGGUGUCGGUCUACAGUCAUGACAGAAUCAAUGUUCUUGUCACUGCACGUGAGCCCAAAUCAGAGCUGUUGGCAGCCACUGCUGCUUCUGAUUAUAAUGCCGUAGAUCGGAAUAAUGCUGUUUUCUUCAGGAUGCAACAGUUGAAGCGUGCCUUGCCAGACGUUGUGAUUAAGGGUUUCUCCAAGAUUUCACGUGCCGUCAUCAAUAUCAGAGACGACAAUAAGAAGGAAUUGUUGGUUGAAGGUUAUGGUUUGAAGGAAGUCAUGUCCACUGAUGGUAUCGUAGGUACCAAGACCACAACCAACCAUAUCUUGGAAGUCUACGAGGUUUUGGGUAUUGAGGCAGCACGAGGAUCUAUCAUUGCCGAGAUUGACUACACCAUGAGUAAGCACGGUAUGAGUGUCGAUCAUCGUCACGUUCAAUUGUUAGGAGAUGUGAUGACUUACAAGGGAGAGGUUCUUGGUAUUACUCGUUUCGGUCUUGCAAAGACAAGAGACUCGGUAUUGCAAUUGGCUUCUUUCGAGAAGACCACCGACCAUUUGUUCGAUGCCUCCUUCUACAUGAAGAAUGAUAAGAUUGAGGGUGUUUCCGAGUGUAUUAUCUUGGGUCAAACAAUGAGCAUUGGUACUGGAGCCUUCAAGAUGGUCAAGACGUCACAUGUCGAAGACUAUCAAUUGAAGUCAAAGGCCACGUUGUUUGAGAAUAUGUGCGAGGUUGCCUCCGUGGCUUAG